GCGCGGGGACGCCGGCGGGCCGACCCGCAGCCUGCCGCCACCGCCCGCCGCCGGCCGGGCCCCGCCACCGCCGCCCGCGGGGCUCCUCGGCGCAGCCGCCGGGGCCGGGGGAGCAUGAGCCCCGGGACCCGCCGGGGGACGGCCCGGGCCCGGCCCGGGAUCUAGACGGCCGUGGGGGAGGGGAGCCGCCCUCGCGCGGCGCCGCUGCAGGACCGCGGCGCUCGACGCCGCCGUGCCGGCCGCGGGCCGCCGCUGUUUCCCCCUCGCAUUGUGCUUCAGUGAAGUGGAGUAAGAUGUCUACUAGGACCCCGCUGCCGACGGUGAAUGAACGAGACACUGAGAACCACACGUCACAUGGAGAUGGGCGGCAAGAAGUUACCUCUCGCACUGGACGCUCUGGAGCUCGGUGUAGAAACUCUAUAGCUUCCUGUGCAGAUGAACAACCUCACAUCGGAAACUACAGACUGUUGAAAACAAUCGGCAAGGGGAAUUUUGCAAAAGUGAAAUUGGCAAGACACAUCCUUACAGGCAGAGAGGUUGCCAUAAAAAUAAUUGACAAAACUCAGUUGAAUCCAACAAGUCUACAAAAGCUCUUCAGAGAAGUAAGAAUAAUGAAGAUUUUAAAUCAUCCAAACAUAGUGAAGUUAUUCGAAGUCAUUGAAACUGACAAAACACUCUACCUAAUCAUGGAGUAUGCAAGUGGAGGUGAAGUGUUUGACUAUUUGGUUGCACAUGGAAGAAUGAAGGAAAAAGAAGCAAGAGCUAAAUUUAGACAGAUAGUGUCUGCAGUCCAGUACUGCCACCAGAAGCGGAUCGUUCACAGAGACCUCAAGGCUGAAAAUCUAUUGUUAGAUGCUGAUAUGAACAUUAAAAUAGCUGACUUUGGUUUUAGCAAUGAAUUUACUGUUGGCAGUAAACUGGAUACGUUUUGUGGCAGUCCUCCAUAUGCAGCCCCAGAGCUCUUCCAGGGCAAGAAAUACGAUGGGCCAGAAGUGGACGUUUGGAGCCUUGGUGUCAUUCUUUACACUCUAGUCAGUGGGUCGCUCCCCUUUGAUGGACAGAACCUAAAGGAACUGAGAGAGAGAGUAUUAAGAGGGAAAUACAGAAUCCCUUUCUACAUGUCCACAGACUGUGAAAACCUUCUCAAACGUUUCCUGGUGCUAAAUCCAAUAAAGCGAGGCACUCUAGAGCAAAUCAUGAAGGACAGGUGGAUCAAUGCAGGGCAUGAGGAAGAUGAACUUAAACCAUUUGUUGAACCAGAACUAGACAUCUCAGACCAGAAAAGAAUAGAUAUUAUGGUGGGAAUGGGAUAUUCACAAGAAGAAAUUCAAGAAUCUCUUAGUAAAAUGAAAUAUGAUGAAAUCACAGCUACGUAUUUGUUGUUGGGGAGAAAGUCUUCAGAGCUGGAUGCUAGUGAUUCCAGUUCUAGCAGCAAUCUUUCACUUGCUAAGGUUAGGCCAAGCAGUGACCUCAACAACAGUACUGGCCAGUCUCCUCACCACAAAGUACAGAGAAGUGUUUCUUCAAGCCAGAAGCAGAGGCGGUACAGUGACCAUGCUGGACCAGCUAUUCCUUCAGUUGUGGCGUAUCCGAAAAGGAGUCAGACCAGCACUGCGGAUAGUGACCUCAAAGAAGAUGGAAUUCCCUCCCGGAAAUCAAGCAGUAGUGCUGUUGGAGGAAAGGGAAUUGCUCCAGCCAGUCCCAUGCUUGGAAAUGCCAGUAAUCCCAAUAAGGCAGAUAUUCCUGAACGCAAGAAAAGCUCCACUGUCCCUAGUAGUAAUACAACAUCUGGCGGAAUGACACGGCGAAAUACUUACGUUUGCAGUGAAAGAACCACAGCUGAUAGACAUUCAGUAAUUCAGAAUGGCAAAGAAAACAGCCUGACAGAAAUGUUCGCUUACGCAGCUAGCCCUGCCUCAGUUUGUACCACAUCUUCCACCUGUCGGCUGAGACAUCAGAAGUCGAUGUCCAUGUCAGCCUCUGGGCACCCCAAGAUGAUGUUACCUCCAAUAGACAGUGAAGGAGAUAACUUCAAGGCUAUCACUAUUCCUGAUCAGAGAACUCCAGUUGCUUCAACACACAGUAUUAGCAGUGCCACCACCCCAGAUCGAAUCCGCUUCCCAAGAGGCACUGCAAGUCGUAGCACUUUCCACGGCCAGCCCCGGGAGCGGCGAACUGCAACAUAUAAUGGCCCGCCAGCCUCGCCCAGCCUGUCCCAUGAAGCCACACCAUUGUCACAGACUCGAAGCCGAGGCUCCACUAAUCUUUUUAGUAAAUUAACUUCAAAACUCACAAGGAGAAACAUGUCAUUCAGGUUUAUCAAAAGGCUUCCAACUGAAUAUGAGAGGAACGGGAGAUAUGAGGGCUCAAGUCGCAACGUAUCUGCUGAGCAAAAGGACGAAAACAAAGAAGCAAAACCUCGUUCCCUGCGCUUUACCUGGAGCAUGAAAACCACUAGUUCCAUGGAUCCCAAUGACAUGAUGCGGGAAAUCCGCAAAGUGCUGGACGCCAAUAACUGCGACUAUGAGCAGAGAGAGCGCUUCUUGCUCUUCUGUGUCCAUGGCGAUGGGCACGCAGAGAACCUCGUGCAGUGGGAGAUGGAGGUGUGCAAGCUGCCAAGACUGUCUCUGAAUGGGGUCCGGUUUAAGCGGAUAUCAGGGACAUCCAUAGCUUUCAAAAAUAUUGCUUCCAAAAUUGCCAAUGAGCUAAAGCUGUAACCCAGUAAUUAUGGUGUAAAUUAAGUAGCAAUUUAAAAAGUGUUUUCCAGAACACUGAUGGAAAUGUAUAGAAUAAUAUUUAGGCAAUAACGUCUGCAUCUUCUAAAUCAUGAUAUUAAAAUAUAAGGAUGAGAGCACGCCUGGGAGCGAAAGCUGGCCUUUUUUCUACCAAUGCACUACAUUAAAGAUGUGUGACACGUGUGCCCUCUGUCUUAUUUCCACUGCCCUGAAAGUCAGCGUGUGACAUCCAUCUCCAUGUGCCUCCUGUCUGUGUGGGUGUGAAAGUCGACUGUGUGUGUAUGAAGUAGUGCAUACGGAAGCAUCUCCUGACACUGGCAGCCAGAAUUGUUACAAGUACCUCUGCGGGAGAUCAUUUGGUGCUAAAACAUUAAAAUUGCCAAGAAGGAAAAUAAUGAAUUACUACUAAGAAUUAACCUUAAGACUAGUUGAUAAUACAGGUUUACAGUUCAUGCCUGUGGUUUUGUGUUUGUUGUUUUGUGUUUUUUUUUAGUGCAAAAGGUUUAAAUUUAUAGUUGUGAACAUUGCUUGUGUGUGUUUUUCUAAGUAGAUGCACAAGAUAAUUAAAUUCACUUUUUCUCAGUAAAA